GCGCGGCGGGGCCUGGGAAUGUGGCGGCCGCGGCGGCUCUGAGCCCUCCCUCCCUCCCUCCUUCCCCGCCGCCAUCGGCCCGGCCGCCAUGGAGCCGCGGCGGUGACAGCGCCGACCCGCAGCGCCCGCCGCCUGCGGCGCCGCCGCCCGCAGACAUGGAUGAACAGGAGGCCUUGAAAUCCAUCAUGAAGGACCUGGUGGCUCUCCAGAUGGGCAGACGUCACAGGCUGCCUGGAUAUGACACCAUGAAGAACAAGGACACUGCUCACCCCAACAAACAGAAAAAACACAACGCCAGCAGCCCCCCCCUCCUGGGCAGCCCUGCAAUAACCACCCAGUGUGCCUCUGCAGUGGAGGAAAAAAAAAUUCCGAAUGAUGUCAGGAUCAAGUUUGAGCACAACGGGGAGCGAAGGAUUAUCCCGUUUGUCCGGCCCGUGCGCUACGAGGAUGUGCAGCAGAAAGUGAAAACAGCCUUUGGGCAGCCCCUGGACCUCCACUACAUGAACAACGAGCUCUCUAUCCCUCUGAAAAACCAAGAUGACCUGGAUAAAGCUGUGGAUCUCUUAGACAGAAGCUCUAAUGUGAAAAGCCUUCGAAUAUUAUUGCUGUCUCAGGACAGAAACCAUACCAGUUCUUCACCCCACUCUGGACUGCCCAAACAAGUCAGGAUUAAAACCUCCCAGUCUGUGGGGGAUGUGAGCACACCCUACCAGCAGCCAGAACCCAGAAGCAGGCAUCUGUCUGUCAGCUCCCAGAACACGGGCAGGAGUUCCCCCCCUCCGGGCUACGUUCCCGAGAGGCAGCAGCGAAUCGCUCGCCAGGGCUCCUACACCAGCAUCAACAGCGAGGGGGAGUUCAUCCCAGAGACCAACGAGCAGUGUAUGCUGGACCCUCUAAGCAGUGCUGAGAACUCGGUGUCAGGAAGCUGCCAGUCCUUGGACAGGUCAGCAGACAGUCCCUCUUUUCGGAAGUCCCGGAUGUCGAGGGCCCAAAGCUUUCCCGAUAACAGGCAGGAGUUCUCAGACCGGGAGAAUCAGAUCUACGACAAGGCAGGGAAAGGUGGGACUUACCCCCGGCGCUACAACGUCUCCAUGCAGCACAAGGACUACAACGACGGCCGGAGGACGUUUCCCAGGAUACGACGUCACCAGGGGAAUCUGUUCACCUUGGUCCCUUCCAGCCGCUCCCUGAGCACCAACGGGGAGAACCUGGGCCUGGCCCUGCAGUACCUGGACCCGCGGGGCCGCCUGCGCAGCGCCGACAGCGAGAACGCCCUGGGGGUGCAGGAGAGGAACAUCCCCACCAAAUCUCCAAGUGCUCCCAUAAACUGGCGCCGGGGGAAGCUGCUGGGCCAGGGCGCCUUCGGCCGCGUGUAUUUGUGCUACGACGUGGACACGGGCAGGGAACUCGCAGCCAAGCAGGUCCAGUUCGAUCCAGAGAGCCCUGAAACGAGCAAGGAAGUGAGUGCCCUGGAGUGUGAAAUUCAGCUGCUGAAGAACCUCCAGCACGAGCGCAUCGUCCAGUAUUACGGCUGCUUACGGGACAGGGCAGAGAAGACCUUGACCAUCUUCAUGGAGUACAUGCCAGGGGGGUCGGUGAAGGACCAGCUGAAGGCGUACGGAGCCCUCACGGAAAACGUCACCCGCAAAUACACUCGGCAGAUCCUCGAGGGGGUCUCCUACCUUCACAGCAACAUGAUUGUGCACAGGGACAUAAAGGGAGCCAAUAUUCUCCGGGACUCUGCUGGGAAUGUGAAGCUGGGGGACUUUGGGGCCAGCAAACGGCUGCAGACAAUCUGCAUGUCUGGGACAGGCAUCCGCUCCGUCACCGGCACCCCGUACUGGAUGAGCCCGGAGGUGAUCAGCGGGGAAGGCUACGGCAGGAAAGCGGACGUUUGGAGCCUGGGCUGCACCGUGGUGGAAAUGCUGACGGAGAAGCCCCCCUGGGCCGAGUACGAAGCCAUGGCCGCCAUCUUCAAAAUCGCCACCCAACCCACCAACCCCCAGCUGCCCUCCCACAUAUCAGAACACUGCAGGGACUUCCUAAAGCAGAUCUUUGUGGAAGCCAGGCACAGACCCUCUGCUGAAGAGCUGCUCAGACACCAGUUUGCGCAGCUCCAGUACUGAAUUACCUCCCUCGCUCUCUCCGUGCCCCGUCCGGUCUCGUUGCAACCGCCCGUCGUGGUGCUGCAUCUUGGGAACGCCGACUCAGCUGGCCUAGUCCUUUGGGGAAGUCAUGCCAAGGAACUUGGGGGGCUGCUCUCGUGCCUGAUUCCUUAAUUUGCUGGACUGAUGUUCAUCCUGCCGACGGCUGGGGUGUUUUUUUUUGGCCCUGAGAUACCUGGAUGUGACCUUGCAGCUGGCUGCGUGUUUUCUGCAGGGAACGGGAACGGGAAGAAA